AUGUCUAAACUAGCAACUCGUCCUGACUGGGCUGAUGAUGAGGAACUUGACGACCGAAUUGAUGAGCAGCUACCCGCGACGACAACUGCCACAAAUAAAGACGGCACUCAAACCAUAGUUAGUUACCGAAUCAAUGACGAUGGCAAAAAAGUCAAGUCGACCCGCCGAAUCCGAUUUAUCACGCACAAAGAAGUUGUGAACCCUCGAGUUGCUGAGAGAAAACAAUGGUCAAAGUUUGGAUUAUCCGCAAAAGAUGGUGCAGGACCUGACAGUUCCACGACAUCGAUCGGGGAAAAUAUAAUUUUCCGACCAAGCACCAAUUGGAGAAAAGAUGCCAAAGAAGAGAAAACCGAAGCUGGAAGUAUGAAAGAUAAACUAAAAGACAAGAAAGUAAAAUGUAGAAUAUGUAAUGGUGAACAUUUCACAGCACGCUGUCCAUUUAAAGAUACUAUGGCGCCGGUCGGAGAAGAGAACGCAGUUGAGGCCUCUGGUGGAGCUUCAGAUUCUCCCGAAGGACCAGGAGCUCUUGGAGCCGGCAAGGCAUCUUAUGUUCCACCUCAUAUGCGGAGCGGUGCUGCUGCCGCAGCAGGAGACCGGAUGGGUGGAGGUAAAUAUGAUCGCGAUCGCGAUGACGCUACACUUAGAGUUACAAAUGUUUCGGAAAUGGCAGAGGAGCAGGAAUUACGCGAUAUGUUUGAACGAUUCGGACGUGUUACCAGAGUAUUUCUCGCCAAAGAUCGGGAAACAGGAAUGGCCAAAGGAUUUGCGUUUAUUAGUUUCCAGGAAAGAAGCGACGCGGCAAAGGCUUGCGAAAAAAUGGACGGUUAUGGGUUCAAGCAUCUCAUUUUGCGAGUUGAAUUUGCUAAAAAGGCAGCCUAA